GGGGCCCCUCCCCUGCAGCAGCAGCAGCAGCAGCAGCAGCAAGACCCAGCAGCAAGGGAAAGCCCCGCAGGAGCAGCAACAGCAGCAGCAGCAGCUGCUGCAAGCGAGCGUGAAUACGUGCGCUGGGACAGCGGAGCCCCUCGGCGCAGCAGCCGCGCUGCUGCAGGCGAAGCAGCAGCAACAGCAGCAGCAGCAGCAGCAGCAGCAGCAGGCUUUCUGUGGCCCGUGGCCUUCGUAA